AUGUCUGACAGCAAGCAGGAGGGCCCUGGUGCCAGGGAGCCAGCCUGCAUGCUGUGUCGCCGUGCCGAGGCUGACCCGGACAUGUGUGGUGACAAACUGCAGAAGGGUGGGCUCUGUGCCCACGUGUUCUGCUUGUUCUUCGCCACUCUACUAUUUCAGCAAGAGACGGACCGCGGGGGACUCAUGGACUUUCUCCCUCGAGAUCUCCUAAUUGCAGUGCAGCGGGCGGCACAGAAGCGCUGCUGCGUCUGCGGCCAGAGCGGGGCAACCAUCAUGUGCUGCGCGGAGGACUGCGACAGAUGGUUCCACUUGCCCUGUGCCAAGGAGGCCGGCUGUGUCAAUCAAUAUAUUAGCCCGUACAGCUCUUUCUGCCCUGAACACCUUCCAGAGCAGGAGGUGGAGGGGACUCCUGAGCCGGACACUGUUUGCCCCAUCUGCAUGGAGCCUGUGGAGGACAGAAAGACCUUCACAACAUUGGUGUGCCCAACGUGCAAAAGGGCCUGGUUCCACAGGGACUGCAUCCAGGGACAGGCCUUGCGCGCUGGUCUUUAUGCCUCGUGCCCCCUGUGCAGAGACAGUGAGGCAUUUCUUGUCGAAAUGUUCAUCUUGGGGAUCCGAAUCCCCAUCAGGCCCUGGGAAUUGCUCCUGUGCUCCUCCUGUGCUGCUGAGGGCACCCACAGGCACUGUUCUGGCCUGAGAAGCAGCACACACAUAUGGGAGUGUGACACCUGUGCUGGGCUCGGAACAUCCUCCAGGGAUGAGUCAGAGCUCAAUGGCCCCAGGCCAGCCAGACAAGACGGGCAGCCACAGCAGGCCCCAGCAUGCAGCAUGGCAGCAGGCGCUGCCAUCUUCCUCACUGGACACCAGCAGCAUCAGCAGAUCAAGGUCAACAUGCAGCACGUCCCCUGA